AUGGAGUUGUAUGGUAAAUUUUCUAAGCGUGAAUUUUGGCCUGAUUUGAUAUCCUUCUUGGGGCAUGUGGUUUCGAAAGAGGGGAUUAUAGUUGAUCUCAAAAAUAUUGAGGCCGCCAGAGAUUGGUCUAGGCCUACAUCAAUGACAGAGAUCCGCAACUUCAUGGGUUUGGUUAUUUACUACCGUCGGUUCGUGAAGGGGUUUGCUUUCAUUGCUUCAUACUUGACCCGUUUGACUCAGAAAGAGAUGGUGAGGAUGCACAGAGUUGGAGGUCAGACUCCUGAUCAGUUUCAGACUCCAAGGUCACAGCCUUCUAUCAUUGUGGCUCCCUGCAUUGAUGAGAUCCCAGUGCCUGAUUUUUCUUCUCGACCCAUCACUGGGCCAGCCAUGAUCCAUGAUGAGCAGAAGCUAUUUGAGUAG